CGUGAGGCGGCCGGAUGUUGACGCCGUGAGGCAGCCAUGGCGGCGGCGGCGCCGGGAGAGCGGCAGCGGCGGGUGCAGGAGCUGAGCGCGGAGCUGCGGAGCCGCCUCGGGCCCUACGAGCCGCUGCUGAGCUCCGUGCAGGCGGCGCUGGUGUGGGAGCGGCCGGGCCGCAGUGCGCUGUGGUGGGCGGCGGUGCACGGCCUCUUCUGGUUUUUUGCUCUGACCUCUCUUUGCUUGCUGUUCCUGGUUGCGUUUACCCUCAUAGUAGUAGUUUGUGUAGAUCAGUGGAAGAGCAGAAUCUGGCCUGAAAUUGGAGUGGCAAGACCUGACGAAUUAGACAAUGAGAGUUGGGGAUAUGUCCACCCUCGGCUGCUCGGAGUGCCAGAGCUCUGUCACCAUUUGGCUGAAGGAUGGGUGGCUGGGACCAACUUCUUAAGCAAUCUCUUCAUUUUCAAGAGGCAAAACCCUGGCAAGUUUUGCCUUCUAGUGUGUGGAGUCUUUACUUUCCUGGCUGUCCUGGGCCGCUAUAUCCCUGGACUCUUGCUCUCAUACUUGCUGUUGCUCUUCAUCCUGCUGUGGCCCCUUGCUGUGUACCACAGACUGGGGCAGCGCAUGUACGUGAGGCUGGAGCCAGCUCUGCAGCGGCUGCGGUUCAGCUUCCGAGGCUACAUGAUCCCAAAGCAGCGGGAGAAGCAACUGCGUCACCGAUCCCUGAACCAGGAGUCUGUGGAUGAUGGGAGUGACAGUGAGGAGGAACUUGCUGCCUUCUGUCCUAAGCUGGAUGACUCCGUGGUCGCCAAGGAACUCACCAUCUCCGACUCAGAGCAUUCGGAUGCUGAGGUUUCCUACACAGAGAAUGGGAUGUUCAACCUUUCGAGGGGCCAGACUCCCCUGACAGAGGGGUCAGAAGACCUGGAUGGUCACAGUGACCCAGAAGAAUCUUUUGCCCGGGACCUCCCUGACUUCCCUUCCAUAAACCCAGAGGUCACCGGCAUAGAUGAUGAAGAUGACACCAGCAUUGGGAUCCCGAGCCUGGCUUACCGCUCACAAGUGACUGAAGAUCUGCACCUCCCGUAUGAGCAGGAGGAAGGCAGUGGCCUGCCCCCCGUACAGAACCUGCCUGGCAACAUCGCUGGCUUCGUCACCAGAAGCAUGAUCCAGCUCGCACUGUCAGGAGCCCCUCAGCCAGGCCCCUCACGCAGCGACAAUCCCCAGAGGGCUGCAAAGACUUACCUCAGAAUGGCCAGCUUGGACUUGGACACUGAUGCGGAAGGAGAUGACUUUGAACUGCUGGAUCAGUCUGAGCUGAACCAGCUGGAUCCUGCAGGCUCCCGGGGCCAGUAGGUGAGCCCAGCACUUCCCUCUGGUUUUCUAUUGUGCAUCGUGGAGGGAAUCCUGGCAGGAAAAGCCUUGCACACUUGUCUAGAUGCUCUCCUGUGUGAGUCUGAGUGAGGUGACGGCCGGGCCUGGCUGGGAACACCACAGUGACCUGGGACUCUGUAGCCUCGCUUGGAUUUUAAAAUAAACUACACUGGUAAUUCAUAGAGCAAAGGCAUUGCUGUGAUGGCUCCACAGUCACCCACGUGCUGCCCUGCACCCAGGAUGCUGCUUGCUCCAAACUGCCUCACCUGAGACCGUAACCCUGGUGUGUGUCACUCGAGAGGCCACUGCUUGGCUCAGCCCAGCAUCACCGAGGACAAGCUCGAAGCCGAUCCUCUGGGGCUGGUUUCCCCUCAGACCUGUUGUCUGGGACCCAGUGCUGGUCUGUCUUAAAGACAGCCAUUCCCUGCUCCUAAACCGUGCACAGAAUCUAGGUCUUCUCUCCCAGCAACGUCCGGCUCCAGGCAGAAACAAAGCUGCUGUGGGCACGGCUGUGUGUGUGAUGAGCACUCCCCUCCUGUCCCGGCUCUAGUGAUGCUGUUUUGUAAGACACCAUGGCAAUAAGACACCUCCUGUGAUGAUGA